GAACGCUGAAAAAGACAAACACAACAAUGGCUUAUAACAGAGACACUACUAGGGAAGAUGAAGAUAAAUUCAGAAGAAGCUGGGAUCCAUUUCUGGUAAAACCAGUGCUCGAUGAGGAAGAGAAAACAUCAAAAUUUGUUCUAGGACUUAUUAAGAUUAUUUGUACCAUUGUUGGACUUCUGGUUUUAAUUUCUGGAGCUUUAAGCAAGUCUUCUCUAUUACUUCUGAUAAUGAUGAAUGGAGAUUAUUCUCUGCAUGUUUCAAACAAACCGUUGGCAGCCAUUAUCAUUGGAGCAGUGUUGGUAGCACCAAACGUACUAACGUUACUUAAGAGCCUUUGGAAGGUUUCAUUUACCACUUCUUCAUGCCCUCCUAGAAAAGACUUGUUCAUGGUUUGCAUUUGUCAGAGCUUAGUUGCCCUUGGAACAUCAAUGCUGAUAUUAGUGGCAAUGCCUCACUUCAACAUUAUAAGCAACAUCAUGAUCCUUAACAGUGUCUGCUUGAUUCCUUCAUUUUUUCAAAUAAUUGACCAUGUUAAGAGGCCAACUUGGAAAUUGACUAUUCCAAUUUUAUCUGUAGUGUUUCUCAUAGCUGGCUACAUAAUGUUCUUUAUAGGAUAUAUCAACAUGAACCUUCCAAACAUCUAUAUCUAUAUCAUAAUCGCAUUGCUUGCAGCAUUUUUAAUAUCCAUGAAUUGGGUUAAAUUUGUUACAGAUAUCUUUGACCAGAAGAAUGACUGCAAAAAUAUGUUGUACAUUUUCAGCAGUCUGGUUAGAAUCCUUGUGACUGCAGUUGUUGUAGGAAGCUAUAUUCCAAUUAUUGGAGAAGACUGGUCUAAGAUAAAACUUGCUACGGCUAAGGAACUUCACCUAGUGAUCAGCCUCUUUUGUAUCCAAGCUGGGACUUCUGUAAUUUGUCAUUGGUUUGGAGUUGUGGCAUGUAAAAUGCAUUCAGUUCGAAGAAGUUUUGCUUUGCCUCUAGUGACUACUCCCAUUGCUGUUAUUAUUGCAGUUUUUUGCAUUUUUUUUACUUCGGAAGCAGCUAAACAAAGCACUGGUGGGACAGGAUAUUUAAACAUUUCUGUUCUGUGCAACAAAAUUAACGUAAAUGACAGCCUCAGUGUGGCCCAAAAUCUUUUCAUGGAAGUGUCCAAUAAUUUAUGUCAAACAUUGUCUUUCAGCAACGUUUCAAAUCUUGUUAUCAUAGGCCUAGCUGCACUAUGUUGGUACAUUGGGUUCAUCCUUUGCACUAGCCAUGUUUGGAAGUUAAAAUUACAAAGGAUAGAAAGGACAACUCAACUUUUUAUACUCCGUUUAUAUGAAGCCGCUUUUGUCGAUCAAUCAAUGUUGCUUAACGUAAGAACUCAACCAAUAGAAACUGAACAAAAUGAAGACAACAGGAGAUCUCAGGACAAAGUCAUGAUCUAUUUGUGCGCUACCAUGUGGCAUGAGACAUUUGAUGAAAUGCUAAAGAUUAUGACAUCAUUGUUCAGAUUGGACAAAUACAAAGCUCUUAAAAACAAGGAAGCUUUUGAUUUUGAAGCACAUAUUUAUUUUGAUGAUGCUUUCACUGAUGUUUCCGAAGACCAAACUGGAACGAAGUCAAGAAGCGUCAACAGCUAUGUAGAAUGUCUUGUGUCUGUGAUUGAGGAAGUGUACACUGUGUUCACAUUUGACAAACGUGAAGAGCUUUCUAAGAAAAAUACCACAUAUGUUGUACAGCAGAAGAUUAUAGUGACACCUUAUGGCGGUCGGCUGUGCUACACACUUCCACAUGGAAACGUCCUAUAUGUACACCUGAAAGAUAAACAUAGAAUCCGACAUAAGAAGAGGUGGUCUCAGAUCAUGUACAUGUAUUAUUUGUUGGGAUGGAAGUUAUAUCGGAAAUAUUUAAAUUUAUCAGACAAAUCUGAACUUGAGAAAGCAAAAUCAAACACCUAUAUUCUUGCACUGGAUGGAGACACUGACUUUCAGCCAUCAGCUUUAUUGCUCUUGGUGGACAGACUAAAAAUGUAUGAAAAAGUCGGUGCAGCCUGUGGAAGAAUACACCCGACGGGCACAGGUCCUAUGGUUUGGUAUCAGAAGUUUGAAUACGCUGUGGGCCAUUGGCUGCAAAAGUCCUCAGAGCACGUUUUUGGUUGUGUCCUCUGCAGCCCAGGAUGCUUUAGUUUGUUUAGAGCAUCUGCACUUAUGGAUGACAAUGUGCUGAAGAAAUACACCACAAAAGCAACCGAAGCCUCUCAAUACGUCCAGUAUGAUCAAGGUGAAGAUCGUUGGCUCUGUACAUUGCUACUUCAACAAGGCUGGCGUGUGGAAUAUAACGCUGCAUCCGAUGCCUACACAAAUGCUCCACAAGAAUUUGAAGAAUUUUAUAAUCAACGUAGACGUUGGGGACCGUCUACCAUGGCCAAUACCCUUGAACUACUGCAUAAUGGAAGAGAAGCAGUAAAGAAAAAUUCAUCCAUCUCAACUCCCUAUAUCAUUUACCAGAUAUUUACUAUGGCGUCAUCAAUACUAGGGCCGGCUACUGUCUGCUUAAUGAUUGCAGGUUCAUUUUCCUUUCUCUUUCAAUGGAAUGCAAAUGUCAGUUUAAUAUUAGCAAUAACUCCUCCAGCUAUGUACAUUGGUGUCUGUUAUCUAACAAGUACAAAAACCCAAAUAAACAUUGCUGCAGUGCUCAGUGUGCUAUAUGCUUUUCUAAUGACCGCAACCUUCCUGUGUAUUAUAGGUGACAUGGUUAAACAAGAAACCUUUGUGACACCUACUGGCAUAUUUCUCAUUUCCAUGGCUUUAAUAUACAUUGUAACAGCUUUAGUUCACCCACAGGAAUUCCAUUUACUAAUCUAUGGACUUAUGUACAUUAUUUGUGUACCAAGUGGCUAUCUCCUAUUAACUAUAUAUUCCUUGGUUAACAUGCACAUAGUCUCAUGGGGAACUCGUGAGACUGCUAAACCAAAAGAGGAAAAUAAGGAAGUAAACAAGAAAGUCAGAUUUAGAAAGAAUUGUAAAUGUUUGUGCUGGGACAUAGAGAUAUCAGUUAAUGAGCAAAAUGCUAAAGAGAAUAGUCAAAAACAAGAACAGAAAGAUAAUCUUCAGCCUCUCACCAUUCAAAGCCAAGAACAUGAAAAUGACAUUGAACAAGGUAGCCACACGAAUGAAGAUGAUGUUGCACAGGAAGCUUAUGAAGAAAGAUGGAUACAGCAAUUACAAUCUAAAUCAAGAUACAAUGUACUAAAUGAAGAACAAUUAAUGGAGGAGGAAGUUCCAUUUUGGAAAACUCUUAUAAAGGAUUACUUGGAGCCUCUCAAUGAAGAUAAGAAAAAACAAGAACAAAUUGCAGAAGAUUUAAAGUCAUUAAGGAAUAAAGUAACCUUUGUGUUUUUCAUGAUCAAUCUGUUGUGGAUUGUGGCUACUUUCUUUUUGCAAAUAAUUGGCUCUUCGAUCACCAUAAAAAUACCCAAAGUGUUUGUCAAUGGAACCAUUUCAGAUUUUGAAACAUUGCCUGUGGAACCCAUUGGAUUUAUGUUCUUGAUAUCAUUUGCCAUCUUAAUUCUAUUACAGUUUGGUGCACUUCUAUAUCAUAGAAUCUAUACUUUGAUUCAUUUCAUUGCUUAUCAAGAAACUGAAGGGAAGAUAAACAGAGAGGCCUUUGGAGAUGAAAACAAAUACAAAGAAAUGAGCAAUGGAAUUGACGAAAAUCUAAAUAUUUAUGAGAAUCCCAUUGCAAUAAUUGCAGAAAAUGAGACAGGCGAAACAACUGUCCCUUCUCUAGAAAUGCAUCGUGUAACAAGUUGAUUUUUGCACAGACAGUCAGGAACUGCACUAGUGAAUAUAUAGGCUCACCAUAUGCAAGCUAUGUCUGUGGUCUGGCAAUAGGCAGUAAAUGAUAGUGCUGAUAUCACCAAGCACAAGUGGAUCAGAAUAGUGGAAGCAUCUAAUUCAGGGUUAUUCCAUACUUUAGUGGAAUGGGGUCUAUUUUUUUAAUGACAUUUGUCAGUGUGAUUUACUUAUGUAUGUGCUAAGCAUAAGACAUUCUGAGCUUUGUAAACAAAGUUGAUCUUUUUUUUUAUCACAGGGAGUGACUAAUAUUCCUAUGCUGAAUCACCCUGUUUUAACUGAUGAUGUUUUAUUGGUGGAGAGUUUACUUGUACAAAACACAUUUUUACAUUUUCUUUAACUUGAGCUUGUGCUAUCACUACUGGCUGAGAGAGAAAUGUGGACUUAUCCAACAGACUUGUGAUCUACUGGUAGAUCCCAAUCUGAGCACAUCUGAUCUAAUUAUUCAGUGAUUAGGGGCACUGACCAUAUAUGUGGUCUGCUUAAAAAAGCUUAUAUUUCCUUUUAAUUUUUUUAAAAUAUGUCAGUUUUUCGGACUCACUCUCUGUGCUCUUCUGAGCGGGUCUGUUAUUUUUAGUCAGCGCA